AUGCUAUCCUCUACUUUCCUUCCAUCCCUCGCUCUAGCCCUAGCAUCCCUGCCAUGGAGUUCGGCAGACACCACGACCCCAUGCAAGUCCUUCCCAGGCAGCGCUGACUGGCCGUCCACAGAAUCCUGGGCCGCGCUCAAUGAGUCUCUUGGAAGCCGACUGCUGCAACCGGCUGCUCCAGGAGCUGUCUGCCAUCCCGGAGAACCGUCCUACGACGCCGGCCGGUGCGCCGCCGUGCAGGCCGGAUGGAGCCGCUUCGACUUCCACAAGGCCGACCCCGUCUCCGUCAUGUGGGACAACUGGAGCAAUGCCACCUGCCUCCCUGACGCGGCUUAUCUGUGUCGCGCUGACGGAUACUCUGCGUUCGUCGUGAACGCGACCACGCCGGAGCAUGUCAAGUUUGGUGUUGACUUUGCGCGGGAGAAUAACGUGAGGUUGGUCGUCAAGAGUACGGGGCACGAUUACCUAGGGCGCUCUUUUGCCCCGGGGUCUCUGUCCACUUGGGUGCACCAUAUGCAAGAUGUGCAGUACCACGGAGCUGGGUUCCAACUUGCCGGGAGCGAUAUCACUAUCGAGGGGAACGCCGUCACUGUUGGGGGCGGCACCGAGCUGUACAACGCGCAGAAGGCCCUGGCCGAACAUGGGCAGGCCAUCGUCGGCGGCGGUUGCGGGACCGUGGGAGUCGGCGGGUUCACCCCCGGAGGCGGCCACUCGCUGCUGGGCCCGCGGUACGGCAUGGCGGCGGACAAUGUUCUGCAGAUGGAGAUCGUCUCGCCCAAGGGCGAGAUCAUGACGAUCAACGAGGCGCAGAACACGGAUCUGUUCUGGGCUAUGCGCGGUGGCGGCCCCGGCACCUUCGGCGUCAUCACCUCCAUCACCUUCUUAACGCACCCCUCGCCUGCAAUAACUCAUACCUUCUGGGCUAUCAGAACCGAGCCCGACGCACCUUAUCUCCCAGCCCUCACCGCAUACGUCCUCUCCCAGAUGCCCGCGCUCGAACGCGCCGGCAUGUCCAUGUACUGCACCUCAUCGCGCGUGCUCAUGGAAAACCCCUUUCCGGUACAAAGUCUGCCGGCGCAGAUCGCAGGCAUGAUGGGCGUGGCCCUUCUACAGGACCAGCCGGACUCAGAAGCGAUGCAGGAGCUCUGGCAGCCCAUCAACACAACCAUCGCCGCGCGCUGGCCCGAGGCCGUGUUCGUGCUGCAGACGGAGCAGUUUGCCUCGUGGUUCGACUGGUUCGACAAGUACCGCGACGCGCGGCCCGUGGGGUACCACCUCAUCUUCGCGUCGCGGCUGCUCGACGAGGCGGCUCUGACUGAGGAUGUGGACGCGCUGGCGGCGGCGGUUGGGACGGCCACGGAGAGGGUGGGACGCGUGACGGCGUUUUUGGUUUCAGGGAGGGGGGUGCACGAGGCGGUGCCGCGCGGGGGCGGGAAUGCGGUGCAUCCGGCUUGGAGGAGGGCGUAUAUCCACGCGAUGGCGACGGCUCAGUUCCCUGCCAUGAAUGCCACGGCAAAACAGGAGGCGAUUAAGCUUGUUGAUGCGGCGGCGGAGGGGUUGCGACGGUUGGCUCCUGAUAUGGGGUCUUACAUCAACGAGGGCUCUGUGUAUGAAAAGGACUGGCAGCAGGCCUACUGGGGCGCGCACUAUGAUCGACUACUCAGUAUCAAGAAGAUCGUCGACCCAGACGGCGUGUUCUGGUGCGAGCCGUGCGUUGGUAACGAGGGAUGGGAGGUGGUCGAUGAAGGACGGCUUUGCCGGGCCUGA